AUGACGCCACUUUCGACUGUUUCUGUAUCUUUUCGUAAUCGAAUUUUCCCUUCUGCUCGCAGUUACACUACUCAAACCCCCGAAAAAAAGGGUGGGAGUAGUGCUUUAUUGUGGAUUGGUGCUGGUCUUAUUGCAGCAGGAGCUGGCUAUUAUUAUUUCGUUUAUCCCGAAGCUGGAGUAAAAACUCUUGUCCCUACAAAUAAAGAACCUGAUUAUCAAAAAAUCUAUAAUCAAAUUGCUGAUAUUCUUGAAGAUAAUGAUUGGGAUGAUGGUUCAUGGGGACCCGUUCUACUUCGUUUAGCAUGGCAUGCUUCUGGUACUUAUGAUAAAAAUACAAAAACUGGUGGUAGUAACGGUGCUACCAUGAGAUUCUCACCAGAAUCUGAUCACGAUGCAAAUGCUGGGUUAAAAGCAGCGAGAGAGAAACUAGAAAAUAUUAAAAAAAAUAAUCCUGAAAUAACAUAUUCAGAUCUAUGGACUUUAGCGGGUGUUGUUGCUAUUCAAGAGAUGGUGAAUUCCGAGGCUGCGGCUUGUACACCAGAUGGUCGUCUUCCUGAUGCGUCUAAAGGACCAUCUCAUAUUCGGGACAUUUUCUAUCGCAUGGGAUUUGAUGAUCGCCCCAUAUUGUUCACCAAUGGAUAUUACCAAGAGCUUUUAGGAAAGAAGUGGGUAGAAAAAAAAUGGAAAGGACCAAAACAAUUUAUUGAUAAGGAAACAGGUAUACUAGAAUUUCUUUUAAUUAUAUUGAUAAAUGAAGAUAAAGCUUUUAAACAAUACGUGGAACAAUAUGCAAAAGAUGAAGCGUUGUUUUUCAAAGAUUUUGCAGCAGCAUUUCAUAAACUUGAAGAACUUGGUGUACCAAGAACUGGUGAUGAAAAAGUUUAUUAUUUUAAGACUAAAGAAUAA